UUUUGGACCGACGGAAGUGAAAGAGUGCCAAGUUGGACAGUGUGUGUAACAAUAUUUGCAUUGUAAACAAUGUUUGAUAAGAAAAUCUAAAUUUUGAUGUGAUACUUGUUUCUUUUCAAUUUGUUAUAGGAGUUGACAAAAGUCUGUGAACUCUCUUGAGAAGAAUGAUGGUGGAGAUAUUGUUGUAAAGGUUUCCACUAAACACAUGCUCCUUUAUUAGAUUUGUUCAUGAGCAAAAAUAGAUCUUCCCCAUCUCCUUAUUUUCCCCGCUUUCACACAAUCUUCCAUGCUUAAGCUGCUUCAAUUUCAUUGAGUUAUUUUUAGCGUUUUGGCCAACACCAUUUUGCCACCCUUCAUUGUUUAAGCUUAUUCUGCAUUCCAUUGUCUUGAUUCAUUGAAUCUGACCAAUGGGUUUACUGCAAUAUUCGUGAUUCUUUAGGGACGGGUUUUCUUUCGAUUCUUGAUUUGGGAGUCUCAGAUUUGGUUUUUUUUGUGUGUGUGGAUUCAAUCUUGGAGAUUCGGUGUUCUCGUUUCUUGUUUUGGCGGUGAAUUGGGGAAGAUAAAGGUAUAAGAUGCGGCGGCGGGCGGCCGAUCAUCGGCGCCCGGUUCGAAGGAGGCUAUCUUGUUGGAUCUGGUCGCUUCUUGGAAUAUUCUCAAUUGUAGGUUUCGUUUUGUUUGUAGUUCAUCAUCAUCAUGACCACGAGGAUCACGUAGAACAACCUGUUUUGGAAAGAGAGUCUAGGAAUGAGCAGGUUGUGCAUGAGCGUAUGAAUCUCACACAAGAGAUGUUAAGUGUUAAUUCAUAUGCCAGACAAAUAGCAGAGCAAACAACACUAGCCAAAGCUUACAUCAUUAUAGCAAAAGAGCACAACAAUCUUCAUCUUGCAUGGGAGCUGAGUACAAAGAUAAGAAGUUGUCAACUUUUACUCUCAAAAGCUGCAAUGAGAGAUGAGCCUAUUUCUCUAGAUGAAGCUGAGCCAAACAUAAGAAGUCUAUCUUCUCUCAUCCUUAAGGCACAGGAUGCCCAUUAUGAUAUUGCUACCACUAUGAUGACAAUGAAAUCACAUAUUCAAGCUCUUGAAGAGCGUGCCAAUGCUGCAUCUGUUCAAAGUAUGAUGUUCGGACAGUUGACAGCCGAGUCUCUGCCAAAGAACCUGCACUGCCUAGAAAUGAAGCUCAUGACUGAUUGGCUUACAAAAAAGUCACUGCAGGAUUUUGCUGAUGAGAGGAGAAACUCACCUCGUUUAGUAGACAAUAACCUGUAUCACUUCUGCAUAUUUUCAGAUAAUCUGUUGGCAGUUUCAGUCGUUAUCAACUCAACUGUGGCCAAUGCUGAUCACCCUAAGCAGCUAGUUUUCCAUAUCGUAACGGAUUCAAUACACUAUGGAGUGAUGCUGGCUUGGUUCCUGAACAAUGACUUCAAAGGUUCUACAGUAGAAGUACAGAAUAUUGACAACUUCACUUGGUUGAAUUCAUCUUAUUCUCCUGCUGUAAAGCAGCUAAUGUCCACAGAUUCCAGGAAGUAUUAUUUUGACGGAUCUCAAGAUACGGGUGUUGAGCCAAAGUUCCGGAAUCCAAAAUAUAUACAUUUGUUGAAUCACCUUCGGUUUUACAUCCCUGAGAUUUACCCGCAGUUGGAGAAGAUUGUUUUCCUCGAUGAUGAUGUUGUAGUUCAGAAGGAUCUGACACCUCUGUUUUCGCUGGAUUUGCAUGGAAAUGUGAAUGGAGCAGUAGAAACUUGUCUUGAAGCUUUUCAUCGUUAUUACAAGUAUCUCAAUUUUUCAAAUCCACUCAUCAGCUCUAAGUUUGAUCCCCAGGCCUGUGGAUGGGCAUUUGGUAUGAAUGUUUUUGAUUUGAUUGCUUGGAGGAAAGCAAGUGUCACUGCCCGAUAUCAUUAUUGGAUAGAACAAAAUGCUGAUAGGACUAUUUGGAAGCUAGGAACCCUUCCACCUGGACUAUUAGCUUUUUAUGGAAUGACUGAGCCACUUGAUCGGAGGUGGCAUGUGUUGGGAUUAGGUUAUGACGUGAAUGUUGACAAUCGCCUGAUAGAGAGUGCAGCAGUGGUUCACUUCAAUGGAAACAUGAAGCCAUGGCUUAAGCUACGCAUCAACAGGUAUAGGCCUUUGUGGGAACGAUAUGUAAAUCAGACGCACCCACACCUUCAGGAUUGUGCUACACAUUGAAAUGACUAUACUUUUUCACAUACUCGAGAAGAUCCCAUCAUUGUAGAGUUAGAAAUAGACAAUUUUGCCCUAUUAAGGAUUCUUCCCUAGUCUUGUUAUCAGUUUAGUAGUGUGAAAAAAGGAAAACUGAUAUUAUACAACAAAGGGUUUAGGGGAAUCACUUAUGGUUGAGAGGUUUUCUCUGUCUCUACAAAUGAUAGAACAAAUUUUCCUAGCAUUUUUUUGUAAUAAUCUUGUUCCUUUUGAUCACAUCUAGGUUAGACAUUUUGUCUUUGCUUCUUUGUUGUUCUGUACGCGGAUCCAAUUAUUUUUAGUUGCUGUAACAUAUAACUACUGCAACCUAUGUAAGUGAUUUAUACUGAUGAUAUGAUGCAUCAGAGCGACUAUUAUGGUUUUUUGGCCUUUGGUACAAGAUAGAACAUGACUAUGUAUUUUGAGGUUUUGAACAA